CCAGCUAGGUUCUGAACUGGUUUUGUCUUCCUUCUCUCUCUCGUUUUCUCUCUCUCUCUCUCCCUUUCUCGACGAACAGAGUUAGACUAUUGUAUAGAGAAUUCAUUGUUUAGUAUUCUGCUUGUUAAUUUGGUUGGUUAAUGCAAACAUAAGAGGUUUCUUGAUUGAUAACUUCACUUGUUUUGGGCUGCUAGUCUAGCUAGCUUUGCUUGUUGGGUUUUCUUUCUUCUUUCUUCUUCUGUUGUUGUUUCCUUGGAUGGGUACAGAGGGGGAGGAUGGAGUUGUAGUGUUGAAAAGGGAGAAAGAUGGGAGAGACAAUAGAGGGGUGGAGGGGUACUGUUGUAUACAGCUAGACUGUACAAGUUGGUCUAGCUAUAUACAUGAAAAUUCUUACAAGUGAAAAAUAAAUAAAUCUUGUGCUUUGCAAGUGCACUCACUGAUCUCUUGAGUUCUUAGGCAAAAGAGAAAGAAAGAUCUUAAAGCUAGAAAGACCUCAAAUAAAAAAAGAGAAGAAGAAGAGGACUGACUUCUUGAUCUUAAACAGAGAUCUGUGUUUUUUAGGAAAAAGCUUUUUUCCCUUCUGUUCCACCAUAUCAUCAUCAUCAGUCAUGAAGAGAUCACUUGGCAGCUCAGAUUCCCUUGGUGCUUUGAUGUCCAUCUGUCCAACUACAGAAGAACACAGUCCAAGAAACAGCACCCAUGUUUAUAGCAGGGAAUUCCAGUCCAUGUUGGAUGGCUUAGAUGAAGAGGGUUGUGUGGAAGAAGCCGGAGGCCAUGUUACCGAGAAGAAAAGGCGAUUAAGUGGAGAUCAAGUCAAGGCCUUGGAGAAAAACUUUGAGGUCGAAAACAAACUUGAACCUGAGAGAAAAGUUAAGUUAGCCCAAGAACUUGGCUUGCAACCGAGACAAGUAGCUGUUUGGUUCCAAAAUCGCCGUGCCCGGUGGAAAACCAAGCAAUUGGAGAGAGAUUAUGGCGUUCUUAAAGCCAAUUAUGAUUCUCUUAAGCACAAUUUCGAUGCCAUCCAACAGGACAAUGAAGCUCUACUCAAAGAGAUAAGGGAACUGAAAGCAAAGCUGAAUGAGGAGAACACAGAGAGCAAUGUUUCUGUCAAGGAAGAGAUAAUUUUGGCUGAAUCAGAAGGCAAAGUCACUGAAGAAGACACGCCACCACUCCUUGAUUCUCUUACUGCAUCAGCAGAAGCUAAAGAGCUGAAUUAUGAGAACUUCAACAGCAGCAGCAGUAUUAAUAACGGACUCGGAGCCUCUCUUUUCCCAGACUUAAAAGAUGGGUUAUCGGAUAGUGACUCGAGUGCAAUCUUGAACGAAGACAACAGUCCUAACCCUGCCAUAUCUUCAUCUGGGAUUCUCCAAAGCCAGCUAAUGAUGUCCCCACCCCCAUCCUCAUCUCUCAAAUUCAACUGCUCCAACUCAUCUUCUUCACCAUCAACAAUGAAUUGCUUUCAGUUCUCCAAGACUUAUCAAACUCAGUAUGUGAAGUUGGAAGAGCACAAUUUCUUUAACAGUGAAGAGGCUUGCAAUUUCUUCUCAGACGAGCAACCUCCAACUCUUCACUGGUACUGUUCUGAUCAAUGGAAUUAGGAGACAAGCAGGAAAAAAAACUGAAAAUAAGGAAGCAGUCAAAAUAGUGGGUCGUAUCUCUAGAGAGAGGAGUAAGUUAAGCUAUAAGCUCCAAGGAUUUUGUAAAAUGCAAGUGGAAUAUCUAUGUAGUUUUAAUGCUUAUUUGGGUCUCCAAAGUGCCAAAGGUGAAAAACUGGACAAGAAUCAGUCCAUGAAGAAUACGAGAGGGUAAAGAAACAGAGAUGUUAUGGGGACUAGAAUGGUAAAAAAAGGGAACGAAGAAAAGGAAGCAAGAGAGAGAGAGAGAGAGAGAGUAGUCUCAGACAUGGGCUUAUGGGGUGUAAGGUGACGCCUAAAUUGUAUAAUUUGUCGCAUAAGCUGCGCGGGAAAUGAUUAGGUCGUAAUUGGAAGUCCAUAUCUCUACUGUAAGAAGGAAAGGAGAAGGUCUUGGAAUCCAUGGAGAAAAGAGCUCCUCCUGUAAUGGAGAGAAUAAUCAUAGCUCCUUGUUUUUUUUUUUUUU